CACACGGGAGCCAGACAGUCAAACAUAUCACACCAGUCCUUUGAGUUCUCCAGAACCACACCGACCAAACACAAUGAAUUUCCUCCCCCUGUUCUCUGCCGAGACAUGGACACUGCUUCUGCUUCUACUGGGUCUCCUGGCUCUGUACGGAUACUGGCCCCAUGGACUGUUUAAAAAAUUAGGAAUUCCUGGUCCCACACCUAUUCCGUUUCUGGGAACGAUGUUGAACUAUAAGAGGGGUUUCCAAAAUUUUGACGUUGAAUGUUUCCAGAAGUAUGGGAAGAUCUGGGGGAUCUAUGACGGCCGUCAGCCAGUUCUUUGCGUCAUGGACAGAGACAUCAUCAAAACUGUGCUCAUAAAAGAAUGUUAUUCCCUCUUUACCAACCGGAGGAAUUUCCGUCUGAACGGACCGCUGUACGACGCCGUGUCUAUAGUAGAAGAUGAAGACUGGCGGAGGAUCCGAGGCAUCCUGUCACCGUCGUUCACCACCGGACGGCUGAAAGAGAUGUUUGCGAUCAUGAAGAGGAACUCUAAUACGUUAAUUAAGACCCUGCAGAGGAACGCUGAUCGGGGCGAAGCCGCUGAUUUUAAAGAACUCUUCGGGGCAUACAGUAUGGACGUGGUGACCAGCACAGCUUUCAGUGUUGACAUCGAUUCGCUCAACAACCCCAAAGACCCCUUCGUGAACAACAUCAAGAAAAUGCUCAAAUUCGACUUUCUUAAUCCACUCUUCCUCCUAGUUGCAUUCUUUCCCUUUCUUGCACCUCUUCUGGAAAAAAUGGAUUUUGCCUUUUUUCCGACGUCAGUGACUGACUUCUUCUAUGCUGCUCUGCAGAAGAUCAAGGCUGACCGAACUGCGAAUGACCACACAAAUCGGGUUGACUUCCUGCAGCUGAUGGUGGAUUCUCAGAAACAGGAGAAAGCAGGAGACAGUAAAGGAGAGGAAAUAAACAAAGGUCUGACAGAUCAUGAGAUUCUGUCCCAGGCAAUGAUUUUCAUAUUUGCCGGCUAUGAGACCAGCAGCAGCACUCUGACCUUCCUCUUCUACAAUCUGGCCACAAACCCACACACCAUAAAGAAACUUCAGGAGGAGAUUGACCACACCUUCCCCAACAAGGCCCCUGUCGAGUAUGACAAGCUGAUGCAGAUGGAGUAUUUGGAUGCUGCCUUGAAUGAGUCUCUGAGGUUGUAUCCUGUUGCCGCACGACUCGAGAGAGUCUGCAAGAAAACCGUGGAGAUCAACGGGGUCACCAUCCCCAAGGAAACAGUUGUCAUGGUGCCCAUCUUUGCCCUCCACAGAGACCCUGAAAUCUGGACCAACCCAGAGGAUUUCAACCCAGACAGGUUCAGUAAAGAAAACAAAGAGAGUAUUGACCCGUACACAUACAUGCCUUUUGGGGCGGGGCCCAGGAACUGCAUUGGGAUGAGAUUUGCCUUAGUGAGCAUGAAGCUGGCCAUCGUAGAGAUAUUACAGAGAUUUGACAUUCAUGUCUGUCCUGAAACCAAGGUUCCCCUGGAGCUGGAUGUUCAGGGUCUGCUGGCUCCCAAACACCCCAUUAAACUCAAACUGAGCCCUCGAACCACCUCCUCCCCAUCAGAGAACAACCAUGUGAAAUCUUAGCAUCCACAGUGUGGCCACAUUCUACUACAGACAUUGCACUCAGCUUCCUCUCCUCUGACUUCACCUGAGGAAAGGACCAUCAGAGGACGUCAGCUGGGUUUUGUGUUUUUUGGGGAUGGUUUUGAGUGAUAAACAAGCACAUUUUUAUAACUCUUAAGAGAAGAAAUCUGAUUGGUGUUAAAUGAAACAUCAGUAAGAAAAAUAAUAAAAAUUCUGCAGAUACA